AUGGACUCUCCGGCUCUCACCCAGCUGUUCCGACAGCUCUUCCGCCAUCCAGCAUGUCAAUCAAUACGCCGACCACCGUCUUUACUCUCUCGGCCCCAGUCCCGCUCAUUCCUCACUCGGCGCGGACCCGUAAAGCGCAAACAGCAAGAUGAUGUCCAGAUGUGGACAAAACGGGGAGACUACCCCAAAGAUAUCGACGAGGAAUAUCGGAAAUAUCCCACUGUGACCGCGAAAGAACUGCGAAACCGCCGCGAACGACCGCGCCAGGUCAAGAUGCUCACACGCGAGUUUAUCGAUGACAGCCUUUACAACCCGCACUAUGGGUAUUUCUCUAAACACGCGACAAUUUUCAGCCCGGGCGAACCGUUCCAAUUCAACUCCAUCGAAGAUGGUCCAGCAUUCCACAAACUUCUUGGAGAUCGAUACACCGAAUUUGAAGACAAGCUCGACGCUACCAAUCCAGACAUUGCGCGUCAAUUGUGGCAUACACCCACGGAGCUGUUCCGACCAUACUACGGAGAAACCAUCGCGCGAUACCUGGUGUCGAACUACAAGCUUACGCUGUACCCCUACCAUGACCUGAUCAUCUACGAGAUGGGUGCAGGAAACGGCACAAUGAUGUUGAACAUCCUGGAUUUCAUCCGCGACACCGACCAUGAGGUGUACCAGCGCACCAAAUUCAAGAUCAUUGAAAUCUCGCCCGCCUUAGCCGAUCUGCAGUUCAAGAACUUGACCGACAAACUCACCGCGAAGGGUCACCGUGACCGAGUCGAAAUUGUCAACCGAUCAAUCUUUGACUGGGACACAUAUGUGCAUUCUCCAUGCUUCUUCCUUGCUCUUGAGGUGUUUGAUAACUUCGGCCAUGACACCAUCCGCUACCAGAACGGCACCGAAGCCCCACAGCAGGGAGGUGUACUGAUCGAUGCAGAGGGCGAGUUCCACGAGUACUUCAACAACCAGCUUGAUCCAGUCGCUGCUCGCUUCAUGCGUGUGCGACAGGCCGCUGCCCGCAGACCUUUCCCAAGCCCUCUCGGCCCUCCCCUACUCCGAGGUCUUCGCUCUGCGGCUCCUUUCCAGAAGGAGUACACUCUGCCUGAGUACAUCCCCACUCGACUGAUGCAAUUCUUCGACGUUUUGAAUCAGUAUUUCCCGGCACACCGUUUGAUCUCCAGUGAUUUCAGCUCUUUGCCUGAUGCUGUUCCUGGAAUCAACGCACCGGUCGUGCAGACCCGGUACCAGCGGACCACUGUGCCCGUGACCACACCUUUCGUUCACCAAGGAUACUUUGAUAUCUUCUUCCCCACGGACUUCAACGUCGUUGAAGACAUGUACCGAGCUAUCACAGGAAAGUUGACACAAGUCACCAGCCAUGAAGAGUUCGUGCACCGCUGGGCAUACAUUGAGGACACGGAAACCCGAAGUGGAGAAAACCCGCUGCUGAGCUGGUAUAAGAAUGCUAGCAUGUUGAUGACCGUGUAA